AUGGCUGCAUCGUGGAGCAACGUUGCUACACACCCGGCUGCACCUGCAAAACAAGAACUGCCACAUGUGAAGCGCGGGGAGGAAACGCCGCUCUACGUCCUGUGCACGGCCGGGAUGCGGCUGCUGCCCGAGCGGCAGCAAGCUGCAAUCCUGGAGGACUUGGUGAGAAACGUGCCCCUGGAGUUUGAUUUCCUCUUCUCCAAAUCACACGCAGAAGUGAUCUCGGGGAAACAGGAAGGUGUCUAUGCUUGGAUCGGCAUCAACUUUGUCCUGGGCCGGUUUGAUCACGAGGACGAGGAGGAUGCGGUGGUCACUGUGGCGCUGGGGGACCAGGGAGAGUCCCUGGUUCGGAAACGAACGGUUGGGAUCCUGGACAUGGGCGGUGCCUCCCUGCAGAUUGCCUACGAAGUGCCCGACUCGGGAGCCUUCUCCUCCCCGCAGCAGGAGGAGGCUGCUAAGAGCCUGCUGGCAGAAUUCAACCUGGGCUGCGACGUGCAGCACACUGGCCACGUGUACCGCGUCUACGUCAACACCUUCCUGGGCUUCGGAGGCAAUUUUGCCCGGCAGCGCUACGAGGACCUUGUGCUGAACCAGACCUAUGUGCACAACCGGUAUUGCUGUGUCGCCUGUGCUGGGACGUUGCGAAAUGGGGUGCAGGAGUACUGCAGCCAGCGAUGGGAGGUGCUGACCCAGCGCUUCCGCGGCGGCCUCUACUCGGCGCACGCUGACCAGCACCGGCUGAAGUACCAGUGCUUCAAAUCGGCCUGGAUGUACGAGGUCCUUCACCAGGGGUUCCGCUUCCCCCUGGACUACCCGAGCCUGCACACGGCCCAGCUGGUGUACGACCGGGAGGUGCAGGGGACGCUCGGAGCCAUCCAGCACCAGUCUUGUUUUCUAGCGAGCACCUCCCCAGCAGUGACGGCUCCUGGCUGUCGGCAUGGCUUCCUGCUGCCACGGUGGGAUGGUGGAGCUGCUCUCUGUGAUUCCAGCAGGACAGCUGAGCUCAACUCCUGA